AAAUUAUACUACUAUACUUUAUAAAAUAACCAGCCUAAUUGAUACUGAUUAGGUUGAAUCUCUAGCUUAAAGUCUUAUUUAAGAGGAAGACAUAAAUUAGGAUUUAAAUCAAUUAGAAUAAAAGUAUCUAGAUUUGGAAUUUUAAAAUAGCACGACAAAUUUUUAAGAAAUAAUUAAGUUAGAAUAUCCAAUCAGUUUAUUAUCUAAUCUGUAAAAACUAAUAAUCAAAUGAGAUGGAGGAAAAUCAAAAACUAUGAAAAUAGAAUAUAAGAAAUGAAGUAAAAAGAGAUGAUCAUGAAUGUAUUGAAUCAAUUACUUUUCUCCGAAAUACUAUUAUUAAAUAAGAUAAAAUUACUCACUAGAAUAUAAUCUCAUAAUAAACUAUCACAGAUUAAAUAUUAGAAGAAUUUGCUAAAUAAUUUAAGAAAACUUUGGUUUCUUUUGAUACUUAUUAAUUUGAAAAUUACAUUUAAUAGAUAUUUUAUCCUAAAUCUAAACCUCUAAAUAAAUAGAAUCAAAUCAAAUCAGUAAAUUAAUCUAUGUUAUCUCAAGAAGGUAUUGUAUCAGUUAAAUAAAUUAAAAAAAUAACGAUUUAAAAUUAAUUUUAAUCCUAAUAUAUUGCAAAUUCUCUAAAAGUAGUAAAAUAAUGCUUUUAUGAAUACAAUUCAUUUAAUCAAUUAUUCUAAUUAGAUGACAAAGAUAGUAUUAAAAUAUUGGCAAAAGGUUUAAAUGAAAAAGUUUUUGCUUCCAAUGGUGAAGAUAAAGUGAUAAAAAUAUGGGAAAAGUAUUUUCUUGAAACUGAAAGAGCUUUUCAAAUUGUACUUAAAUUUGAUCUAGAGUAAUAAGUUAGUUAAGUAUAAUGUUUAACUGUAUGUGAAGGAAUUUAAAUAUCAAAAUAAAAAACACUAAAUUUGUAAUCUUUAUUAUUUAAUAUAAUUAGAAUUUAAUUGGAUCUAUUGAAACAGCUAGCCUUGAUUUGAUGGUAAAUUAUUUUAUAAUUUAAAUAAAAAGCUUUUUCAUCUUCUCAUUUGCUCUAAUACUGUUCGAGUUUGGAAUUAUGAUUAUGGAUAAUAGUAUUUACAAUAUAAUCCUUACCUCAAAGACUCAUCUAAUUUCAAUCAGGAGUUAUAGUCAUUUAAUAUCUGACACAAAGGUAAGAAUUUAUGAUUACAGAAUUAAAACACUUCUGCAUGAAAUAAAUAGUAAAUGAUUAAUACUAUAUGAUUUAGAUUUAAAAAGAAAUGUAGCCACA